AGUGGAUCAUUUACAGUACUCACGAAACAGCAGAAGCACACACAUACACACAUUUCAUUUCUGUGUGUCCUCUCAGCAGGCGCGGCCCCGCAGGCGUUCCUUUGCCGCCGCCCCACACAACUCUUCGGCGUUUGCUUUUCCUUUCCUUUUCAUCUAUUCCGUUUCUAUUGUUAUCAUUUUUGUUACUGUUCUCCCUCUCUCUCUCUCUUUAGCGGAGUCUUUGAACGCUGCGGCUCACCGUAUCGAGCGUUGUGGAGCUCCCUCGACUGACACCGAAAACUUGACGAGGACGGCGCGCCGGAGCCGUGCGGUCCAAAAGGGAAAAGGAAGCACCUGAAGAAUUAGAAGAAACAACGGCACCUCUUGCCUCGCACGAAUUCUUCGUUACUCGUGCCUUUAUCGUCCGCUGUUACCCCGUCUCCUGCUAUCUACGUAUAGAUAUCUUUAUGCUUCCUUACGCACGUAGACAGCCGUAGAAGACCACCUCGAGCAACACAAACACAAAAACGCAGGAGGGGAAAAAGAAAACCAUAAUAAUGCCGCCGGUGACAUCGUCCACGUCGGCGCCGGCACCUGCGACUCCGCUCUCCGCGCAGUGGCACGUGGGCCACGCCGUGACCGCACCGAAGCGCUGCUGCACCGCCUACCGACACCGCUACGUCGUCUACGCCGCCACCGACAACGCCGUCGCUGUGGUCGACGUGACGUCGCCGCCGUCCACGACCUCCUCGAUUGAGCUGCGAUGGCGAAGCCAAAUGCGCGUGUUCUCAUUGAGUGCUGCGGACGAGGCGGUGGCAUUCGUGAGCGGGCACCCCGAGCGGGAUAUCGUGUGCGUCGGCACGCAGCAGCACGGUCUCUACGUCACAUCGCUUUCCCAACCGAUUUUUGCGGAGUCGACGAAGCUGCCGCGCAGCGUUACCGGCGACGCGACCUACGGCGCGACGUUCUUGUUUACGGAGGCGGCUCACUACCUCGCCUUCUCCUCCCUCCUCUCCAGUCAUUUAUCGGACCCUGCGCCGUACCGCUUGUCGCUGUGGUGCAUGGACACUCACGCGCUGCUCUGGCGAGGGGCGAUGGCGCCGUUAGAAUCGAUGUGCAGCUUCUCUUUCGACCUAUCUUUCGCCGCUUGCCAAGCGGGUAAAGUGUGUCUCUUCACGGUGCAGACGCAGCACCACAGCGGCAGCGCGGAGGAAACAGUGGCGGGGUCGCGUGCUGGAGGCAACAGCAACGGCGAGCGGAGUCGGUUGAUGGUACUCAGUCGGCCGUGCAGCGCCGUCACGGAGCUGCGAGACGCCGAGUACACCCACUGCAUCGCCGGCCCUGCCGAAGGCGAGGACGCCUACAUCGCCCUGACAGCGAGUGGCUUCCUCGUCGCGCUGCACGCCACGAGUGGUGCGAUGACGCGGUGGAUGGACUGCAAGGUGCCCGCCGCGACGGGGCUCUGCGUGUAUGCGGGGGACAGCCUCGUGCUGACUGGCGAACUGACGCGCUUCUUCCACGCGAGCAGCUGGGAGUUUCAGGGACGCAUCAAGUUGGAGCCGCCAGCCGGUGCCGGGUUGGAGAAGAACGGCACGGGAGAGGCAGAGGCGAAGACGGCGGACGCCUUCACCGGCGCCGUGGCGGCCGACGACAGCACGGUGCUUCUCUUCUACCGCAGUGGUGCGAUGUCAUCUCACUCGGUCGGGCGCAGGGCCGGCACACAUCGCCUAGCCCUUCACCGCAGCGCCUUCUUCCCCAACUGUCUCGCCUCGUGCCCACGCCGCGCAAGCGGCAACGGCGCCUUCGUGACGCAGGCGGGCGAGGUGCAGUGGCUUGUGGUUUCCGACGCGCUGUGGUGCUGGUGGACGCCGCACCUGUUGCUCUUCGUCUCGGCGGCCAACGGUGCCUUGGUGGCAGCUUAUGCGGUGGCCUCCACCUGCGUCACGCUCCACCCCGCCUCGGGCACGGUGGUGCUCUACGACACGCAGCGUCGCGCGCUCGUCGCGUACGGCCGCACGGCGACUUCUCCCGUGGCGGAAGUAAGCACAUUCGCCACCGCAGCAGCGGCAGGAAACGGCGAUGAAGAAACGAUUACCAGCCUUGCCAGCUCCGCCGUCGGGGAGUCCUUCUACGCGCUGGUGUCCCUGCCGAAGAGCGGGCUGCCUCCUCGCCUGCGUCGCUACCGCUGCGGCUGGGGCACCGUGAAGAAGGGCGAGGUGAGCGAGAAAAGCUUCUACAUAGAGUGCAUGACGAACCCAGACAGCGGCGGCAGCGACGGCGGCGUGUCCCUCCCAGAUGGGACGCAGGCGCUGCUCGUGCACGCUGGUGGGCACGCCGCAGCCACGACAUGCAGCACCGCUGCUGCCGAGGCCACCUUGGCGUCGGUGACCACCGAAGGCGACCGCGUCGUGUCGGUGCAGCGCAACACAAUCGUCGCCGUCGGUCUGUCGGAGCAUCGAGAGCGCACCUCCGCAUCCACCUACACGCACCCCGACGUGAUCCAGCGUGUGCUGCCCUGCCGCGGCGGACUUCUCGUCUUAGCUGCCGCGAGCUGUGCGUUUGUGCAGUGGAAAGGCGGCUCUGCGUGUAGCUGGGCUGCGACGCCGCUCGUGCACGCGGCACCGGCGGGGCGGGCUGUCGUGGCGGCGGUGGCGGCACAUCGGCCCGACGUCGCGGUGGUCUGCGUGGACCGCGCCGUGGCGGUGUGGCGGCUGUCGGACAGCCCCCGCCUGCUUGCCUCCUGCGUCAUCGGCGCCGCCGCUGCGUUGAUGGUGGCAGACGUGGAGGAGACAGCACGCCAGGUGCGUUUUUAUGCGAUGGGGACCGCCGGCAUCGACGCGUAUCGGCUGGACUCCGUGGAGCUGCGUGCGUCGUCGGCGCCGCACCCGGAUGUGCCGCUGCGAUCGCCCGUGGCGCCGGUGGCGGUGGAGAAGCAGAAGGCCGAGGUGAAGCCGUCGCGGCCGGUCGUGCCGCCGCUUCCCACUUCCCGCACAGCCACCACGGCGGUGGCGCCGCUGACGCUGCCCGCGAGAGGAGCCCCUGCGCCCGCCGCCCCUGCUGCAGCAACAGCGCGGCCCACCACCACCACCACGACCGUCACCUCCACGAAACGAGCGGCUCGCACGCCGCGCCACCUUGCCAGAACCGUGGCGAGUCAAGCAACGCCGCCUGCACCUGCGCCACGGCAGCGCCGUACCGUCUCGGUUGGUGCGCCGUCCAGCCGUCAGCUGAAUGAACGCUUUGACGAGCUAACCGGCUUUUACGCCAAGCAGAAGCAGGAGAAUCGUGGCAACGAGCACCCCCGCACGCCACGCCCGGGCGGGGUAGCGCGCCAACCUCAACAGCAACCGACUCCACAGGUCCCCGCAGACGCCCCACCACCAUCCGCAUCCACAGCGGUCACGUCCGCGCCACCCUUACCGCAAAAGGAAGGCGACAUCGCCCACCCGACACACUUCGCCGCACCGCGUGCACGGGACAGUGCGAACCCGCGAACGGUGCCAAACGCAGCUCCCGUGAGCACCGCCGCGUCGGCCUCCAUGAUCGACGUGUCUGCCUCGACGGUGGACUCGCAGACGUUGCGCAGCGCUGUGGCAGCCGCUACGGCAGGCGCCUCCGACAACGCACAGGGACACGUCGGACAGGAGGAGAACGCGGAAGUCCCGGCAGCCGCAGGUGGCGAUCGCACCCGCCUCGCGUCGUCGGUGCCGCUGUCGUGGUCCGACAGCCCGCCCCGGCGUGCGGACCCGCGGCGGGACGACAUCGGUGCGACCACGCGUGCCGACGACGCCGUGCUGCGCGGCUCCGCCAGCGCUGUCGCGAAGUCUCCUCCGCAGCCGCCGCAGGUACAACUGCAAGGGACAGAGGCUUUCAAGCAGCAGCAGCAGCACUCCGGCGAGGUCAGUGCCAGCAACAGCUUCACAAGCGAACACUUCACCGUGCAGGCGCGUCACUUACGCGAGUCGCUGCUGCAGAUUAAAGAACUGCUGGAGCAGAGCGAGAUGGCUGAGUCCGCCACGGAGAUGUCGAUGGCCCAGACGGACGAACCGGACCUCGAUGAGCUCGCCCUGUUGUUGACGUCGGUGGCGGCCCAGCUGCACCAGCGACAGGUGCGACGAUCUGCUGAAAGUGCCUGA